UCCUUCCAACAGUUCCUGGUGACUUACAAUUAGUUUGCAUUUUAGAAUAACGGUUGGUUCAACUAAAAUACUGUUGACUUUUUGUAGGCGUAGGUCAUUUCAAGUUUGCUCUGGUGCAUGCGAUAUCUACGAUGAGCAUGAGGCUUUUUCAAAUCUGGUUAUUCCCGUUCCUGGCAACAUCUCCUGUAAUGCUGUUGUUACUUUGUAAAGGCCAACUCUUGGAUGGGGCUGAAAUAAUAGAAGCGUCGGUGGGACAACCAUGGCCGAAACCACAAUUAGUUGAAACUUAUGGGGAAGGUUUUCUGGUUAUUCGUCCCUCACUGUUCCGUUUUGAAGUGACGAGGCAUUCAUGUGACAUACUCGACCAUGCCUCAAAACGAUAUUACGCUCUCAUAUUGCGCUCCAGUUAUCACUACAAGGUUUACUCCAGAUUGCGAAACUCGAAGGAUGCAUCACCGUCCAUUGCACAAAAUAAAACAUGGAAAGCGAACAAAGACUUUGAUGGAUAUUUAAAUAUUCUCAAAAUCGAAUUGUCGAGUCCUUGCGAAUCAGUGCCCCAUGAUAACAUGGAAGAAGCUUAUGAAUUGAGAAUAGAUACGCCCGAUCUGCCUGGCGAAGGUUAUCUGGCGUCUUCAACGAUUUGGGGAAUUUUAAGGGGACUGGAGACUUUCUCUCAAUUAAUUCACCCAACUGAUGAUUUUAUAGCGCUACAAAUUAAGAAUGCUCUUAUCCUCGACUACCCAAGAUUUUCUUUCCGAUCAGUAUUGCUGGACACUUCCCGACAUUACUUAUCAAUGAAAGUUUUAUAUCAAAACUUAGACUUGAUGGUCAUGAACAAAUAUAAUGUAUUUCAUUGGCACAUCGUGGAUGACCAAUCAUUUCCGUAUGAAAGCAAACGGUUUCCAGAGAUUAGUGAAAAAGGAGCUUACCAUGAAUAUACACAUGUCUAUACGCAAAAAGAUAUUCAGGAUGUUAUUGAAUACGCCAGAGUUCGAGGUAUUCGUGUCAUACCUGAAUUUGAUACGCCAGGACAUACUAAAUCAUGGGGACCAGGAGUUCCUGGAUUAUUAACUGAGUGCUACAAUAAUGAAAUCGAAUAUUCUGAUGAAACAUUGACAUUUGGACCAAUUGAUGUCAGUAAUUUAGCAAAUUAUAAAUUUUUAAGAACAUUUUUCGAAGAAGUGGCCAAUACAUUUCCUGAAAAAUAUUUGCACUUGGGUGGAGAUGAAGUCGAUCACACAUGCUGGAAAAGCAACCCUAACAUCUCCGAUUUCAUGGAGCAAAUGAACUUUACAAGUUACACCCAGUUGGAAGGAUAUCAUAUGCAAACAUUGAUUGAUAUCGUCCAAACAUUUCCUACAAAUAACUCUUACGUGGUUUGGCAAGAAGUUUUUGACAUUGGAGUCAAUCUUCAAAAUGACACUAUUGUGCAUAUAUGGAAGGGGGAGAAUCUUGCUAAAGAAAUUUACAAAGUCACGGCCGCUGGCUAUAGAGCUUUGGUGUAUUCGUGCUGGUAUCUCAACUAUAUUUCUUAUGGAAUCGACUGGCCCAAGUAUUAUUCCUGUGACCCACACAAUUUCAACGGUUCAGAUGCACAAAAGAAACUAGUACUCGGGGGUGGAGCCGCCAUGUGGAGCGAAUAUGUUGACUCUACUAAUUUGAUUCCUCGUCUCUGGCCGAGAGCGAGUGUUCCUGCAGAACGAUUGUGGUCAAGUGCAAAUGUCACUGAUCACCAAGAUGCAGAAAAACGACUAGAGGAACAUCGUUGUCGUUUGCUUCAAAGAGGAUAUAAUGUAGAGCCCGUCAACGGGCCCGGAUACUGUUUAGUAUCGUGGGACUAGGCAAUAUACCCAUGUUGUAGGUAUUAAUUAAUAGCAAGACAUAAGGUUGGCUGUCGAAAUUCAGUAAAAGUAGACUUGUUCGAUAAUUUUAAUAAUUUUAAUGCGACGUUGUGACCUACUAUUAGACAUUAGACUUAAAGCUUUCAGAGUCAUAAUUUAUGUACAUAUGAUAAUUUACAUUUGCGAUCCAAACAGAACAGAUCGAUGAGGUGAACAGUGGCAUCCUUUUUUUGGUGGGUGGUUGUCGUCUCUAACAAAUU